AUGAUAUAAAUUUUACUAUUCUACAUAAUCGUAGUUAAAGCACAAAACUUACUUAGAUCUUUUGAACUUAAUGGAAAUAAUAAAAUUUCAGGAAUAAUCAAUGUAGAAAAGAAUGAUGAAAACUUAUUAGUAGUCUUUUAUUUUGAUAAUGCAAAUUUCCCUAUAGCAUUAGUGUCUGAAGAGGAAAUUUUAGACACAGACUUUAAUACAACAAUAAAGCCAAUAUUUAUUGAAAGUAAAAAGAUUGUUUUAUUUGAUUAUGAAUCGAUUUAAACACAUUAUCAUACCCAUAUGAUUGAAUUAUAGUAUAUGGAAAGCAUAUAUUAUUAUGUUAGAGAUAGAUUUGGGCCAUUUAAAUUAAAAAUAGAAGUUUAUUCAAAACCUCAUUCUACAUGCACUAACAACUGUUAAGGAUUUUAGAUCAGUAAGAUAAAGCAAAAUUCUAAGUGCAAUACAAAAUGUGAAUGUGAGAGUGGAUACUUUGGAUCAUAUUGUCAAUUUGAAUUAAUAAAUAUAGAGAAAGAGAUAAAUUAUAAGAUUCAUUUAAUUCCUCAUAAAGCUGUGUAUUUAUCAUUCAAGUUUGAAUAAGAAGCAAUUUUAUAUGCAGAUGAUGUCAUUGAUCCAAUUAGUAAAAAUCAUUGAAUUUAUAAUAGCUGCUAGCUUUGGACUUCUAGGAUAUAAGGGUUUCGAAAUACCUGAUCAAACAUCUUACACUGCUAUACUCCAUAGUCAAUUGAGCUUAACUAAAUUGAUAUAGAAUUUAAAAUUACAAUUUAAAGAUGCAUAAAUUUUAAUUAUAGGAUUAUAAUGUCGAACAGAUUAAACUAUCAAUAUAACUCUAAAAUAAGAACAAACUGCUACUAUUUGGAAUGGAAAUUCUAUGUUUUUAGCAUUUGCAUCUUUUAAUAUUAUUGUAAUUAUAAUUUGUUUUGGAAUAACUAAUUUAUGUAAAUAAAAAGAGGUCAUAGUGAAAAAAAAAAGAAAAAUUAAGGUUAGACCUCCUAAAAUAGAAGAAAACCCUAAAAAUUUUUCAGGAACAUUUUUUAACAAAUAUUUUGAAAUCUAUGAUUAUGAAGAUUUCAUAUAAAUGAAUCCUCAAUUUUCCUAAAACACUCAAUGUGUUGUUUGUAUGGAAGAUUUAAAUCAAAAAGAAAUAAGUAUUACCCCUUGUGGACAUCUAUUUCAUCAUCUAUGUUUAAAAAAAUGGUUAAUGAGAACUCUAAAUUGUCCUUCCUGUAGAUAUUUAAUUUCUUAUUAAUAAGUAAUUGAUGGAGGCUGGUUAGGAAGUAAGAUUUUAUAAAAUCCAAUCCAACAAAAUUCUAAAUCUCAAUUAAUGAUAAAUCGAAGUAAUUCUCUGAUUGAGAAUAAUGAAAAUGCUGAGAGUGUUGAAAUGGUUGAAAAAGGAGAGGAGAAUUGA